GUUUAAUUUAAUUAAAUCACUCAACAAUCAAACCCCCCCCCCUUUUACUUACUAUUUAUAUAAAAAGAAAGUUAUUCCUUUCCCUGUGGAUACGAACUCUACUACGCUAUACUACGUAUAAGUGUUGUCUUGAAUAUUACUUUGAGUGCACUCACGACAAAGUGCACGUCAAUAGGUAUGCUAGCGAUUAGGUCUCUAACCCCCUGAUUAUAAAUUCGCCGAAAUAUCAAAAUCCCAAUCGGUUCCCUCUGUCGUCAUUAAAGACUCAACACAGAUGUCUUCAAGCCCCGGUACAACAUUUCUAGUUGGACGGCCUCCUUCAGAGGUAAUAAGCCAAUUGUCUUUCCAAACCUGCACUGAUCCACCGCUUCCGAUACGAAAACAUAACCCCUUUUGAUAGUCGGUAUAACUGCCACAAUGCUACGCCAAAUGAGGGAAGGGUAACUUACACACUUUGCUUCAAGAAUAUUAUCAUGAUUAACAAUAUUUGGCUUUUAACAUUUUUGCAACGAAGAAAUUCCACUUUUGGUCCUCCGAGUUUUGCACCAAUUCCACAUUUAGUCCUCAUCUUUCACUUUAUCCAUUUUAAUUUGGUACCUGACUAUUGUUUUUUCGACCGUUUUCGGUCCAUCUCUGGACAUUUUUACUACUGAAAAAGGACUAUAUAUGGUCAAGAAAACAAUAGUCAGGUACCAAAAAAUGGAUAAAGUGAAAGAUGAGGACUAAAUGUGGAAUUGGUGCAUAACUCGGAGGACCAAAAGUGGAAUUUUUUCUUUUUGCAACCAAAGAAUCCGGAUUUUUCAAUAUGCGCCACACAUGUUUGCCUAACAUGGCAAUAUUAAAUUCCCGUAAUUUCCGAAAGCCCAAUCCACCCUUCAGUUUCGGGCUACAAAGCUCACCCUAAGCUUUGCAUUUGAUUCCUUUUUCCUUGAAGGCAUGACCCCUCCACCAAAAAGCAUUCAUGGUUCUUUCAAUUUCACUGCACAAAUCAGUUGGGAGCAAAAAAAACAUUCGUAGCAUACUCGGGCAUGGCUUGAACCACCGUUUUAGCAACACUUCCCUUCCAACUUUGGAUAGAAAACGACAAUUCCAACUCUGAAUCUGUUGGACAACUUUUUCUUUUAUAUACCCAAAAAUUUCUUUCUUAUUCCGACCAACCAAAGAAGGCAUCCCCAAAUAUUUUCCUUCUCAUCGCUCUUCCGGGAUGUCAAAAAUGCUGCUUUAGUAAUCUCUAUCAUCCCAGGCUACAUUUGUGCUAAACCGCACACUUGAUUUGUCGAAGUUAAUUAGUUGGCCUGAAGCUGGGCAUACUAUGAUAGAAUCUCCUUAAUCAAGAAGUAGUCCCUUUCACUGGGCAUACUGAAAUUAUGCUGAAAACCUAUUGUUUUACAAACAUGUGCAAUACGAACAUCUCCACAAAGCGUCUCCAUCAAGAAUAUGAUUGACAGGUGGAAAGUUGUCGACAUAUCCUUUAGUACCUGAACCGUGGCAAGGUUGCCCAGGCCUCGGCAGCAUAGGCGGACCCACUAAGGGUCCCAUGGGGUCCCGGGACCCCGUGGACUUCGAAAAAACCACCUAUAUAUUAUAUAUAUUUAUAUAAAAUUAAUUAGGAAACGUAUAUAUACCAAACACAUGACUAGAAAACCAAAUAACAGAAAUAGCGGACUGGGAUUGUGGGCGCAUUUGAGUCUUUCACUCUUUCCAUUUUGUGGGGUACUGUGUUCGAUUCUCCCCCAGCCUUUUUUUUUUGGGAAAUGAUUUAAAUUAAAUAAACCAAACGAGCCAUGUUUUUAUUAUUUCUCUUCAAAUAAACCAAGACGAGCCCAUGUUUUCAGUGUUUCUCUUCCGGUAUGUUUAGAUUAACUAUUAAGAUUAAAUUAAUAAAUUUAUGUAUUUAUAAAUGUUAUUUUCAAUAUUGUAUGAUUUAGAAUGAAAAGAUAUUUCAGUGUUGUACCUAAAUUUAAAGAAAUUCGUAGUGUUGAGAGUAGUUCAUGUAUUAAUUCAAAUAAUUCGUCAUUAGUAAAUGAAGAAUUGGAUCAAGUAAUUGCUGAAAGUGAAGCUAACUUGGCUUGUAAUCUAUGUCAAUAACAUGUUGAUUUUGAAUAUUUGGAUCUCGUAUUGAGAAUAAAAAUUGCUGAUUUUCAUCCUAAUGUUCAAGACGAGGUACAUCGUAGUUACCUUAAAAAAGAACCGUUUCAACCUUUGGAUCUUGAUUUCCCCUCUAAACUAAUUGGCGGCAAAAAAGGUAUAUUUGUUUCAAGUUGGCUUGAUGAGCAUAAAUGUUUCUUUAAUAUUUUUUUAUUAGUUUUAUAUUAAUUAGAGAUACAAAAGGGUAGGGUCCCCAUGGCUCCGAAUUUCUGGGUCCGCCACUGCUCGGCAGUUCCAAGUAACGCAUCCCAUCGCUAAAAACGCAGAAGUAACUAACAGAAAAACCUCUCGACCAGGAUGCCGCUGGCGGGGACAACAAUCCUUCCCCACCUACGAGGGAGACCCAACUACCACCGGAAAAGCACUCCGGGAAGAACUAAAUCAGAAUUACCUCUUAACAUAUAGGCAAUUACCGGUCAGAAAUUGCUUAGGGACGCGAUAACAUGGUCGCAUUGGUGUUUACACUGCACGGCGCGAUGGUGCUGUUUCCAUACUUCACGGCGCUAGGGUAACCAUCAUUUAGAGAACCAAGAAUAUCAGAAAAAACCAUUUUUUCGCUGCUACUGUGCAAGGUUGGUUUCUCCCAUCCAGACAUCUUCUCACCGAUCCAACCGUCCAGAUUAAAGUACCGGAAGUCACGAACUUGCUGUCAAAAUUUCAGCCCGAUCCAAUGGUGAACGGAAUCACAGGGAUGAAAAACGUGUUGCAGCAGUAGUGUUGUGCGAAAAUUACUUCACAUCUUUUUCAUUUACCCUCAUUCUCUUUCCUUUUCCCAAAAUAAUGUUAAAAAUGAUUUUUUAAGCUUCAAGACUUCAUCUUGAAAGGUUUUCUCUAAAAUAUUACUAAGUCAAAUAUUUUGACUUAAUUGACUAUGGAUACAUUUUUACAGUCAUUAAAAGUUAACAACUCACAUUUUUCCAUUAUUAUUUUUGUUAUAUAUAACGAAUUAUUUCUUUAUUUAAUACUCCAUAUGGAAUAAUCUGUAUCGGUGUUCGGAAAAAAGAAAAGUUGUUUAAAAAGCUUUUAGAAUUUUUUUAAAUUUAUACUUGCAAUAUUGGUGUCAUAUGAAACAUAAUUAAAAAUUAUGAAUUUUGAUAUGAUUUUUAUAAAAAGUGGAGCAAAAAUGAAAAACUUAUACCAUGCAACAUUUAAAAAAAAGGCACUCCCUCCGUCUCUAAUAACUUUGCCAAAUUUGAUCGGCACGAGGAUUAAUAAAGUAAAAACUGUGUGUUUGAGAUUUGUGCACAGGGUAGAGAAUUAACUGGAACCACAAAUUUGUUACUUAAAAGGAAAAGUGACAAAGUUAAUGAGACAUCCAAAAACGGAAAUUUGACAAAAUCAUAAGGGACAGAGAAAAUAUUUUUAAAAAGUUGGACCCUAUUAAGUGCAUAUCUCAUCUAAACGUUGAUGUGAGCUGUCUUUGUGGGGCUGUUUGGAUUUCGGCGUUUGAGCCCAAAAUUGGCGUUUUUGACUGCUUAGGUGUUUUGGAGGACCCAAACCUCCGUUUUUAUUUCGUUUGGCGGAUGGAGGUUAGGAGCGGCGUUUGGGUUGAAACCGCCAAAAACAGAAACGCUACAAAUCGGAGCGUUUAGGUUUUGGCGGAUUGAAACAAUUAUUCAAUUCCACCGGUUGCCCUCUCAUCUUUGCCCUCUCAUCUUCGCUUUCUGUUGUUGCGGUCACUUGAAGUGAUGAAUUAAAGGAAACUCAAGCACUUGAAAAUUGCAAGAAUGUUGGAAAUUGGUGAGCUUGAAACAAGCAGAGGACUUAAUUAGGUUGGUACAUUACAACAAGCUGGGGAAACUCGUUGGAGCUCGCAUUUCAGUUCUGUUUGCAAUUUGAUUAGGAUGUUUGCUGCAACUUGUUCUGUUUUAGAAGAUGUUGAAGAGAAUGGCAAUAACUAUUCUACUCGUGGAAAUGCAGCUACAGAACUUAAGAAGAUUAAAUCUUUUGAUUUUGUUUUCUUGUUGCAUCUUAUUAAAGAAAUUAUGGGCAUUACAGAUCUUCUAUGUCAGCAUAUACAGAAGAAGUGCCAAGACAUAGUAAAUGCUAUGCAUUUGGUGUCAAGCACCAAAAUGUUGAUCCAAAAGUUAAGGGAGGGUGGAUGGGAUAACUUCUUAGAAAUUGUUAAAGAGUUUUGCACAAAGCAUGAAAUUGAAGUUCCUAAUAUGAAGUCUCCUUAUGCGGUAAAACGCAAACGCCAUGAUCAAGAAGGGUUUGAUAUUGAACGUCACUAUCGGGUUGAUAUGUUUUACGUAGCCAUAGAUUCACAAUUGUUGGAGCUGAAUAGCAGAUUCGGUGAACAGAUAAUGGAUCUUCUUACUCUUAGUGGUGCUUUGGAUCCUAAGGACUCAUAUAAGUCUUUUAACAUUGAUGAUAUUUGUUCUUUAGUGGAUAAAUAUUACCCCUUUGAUUUUAUUGAGAAGGAGAAGGUGAGCUUGAGGUUUCAAUUGCAACAUUAUAAGCUCAAUGUUCUAAACCAUCCAAUGUUGGUGAAUUUUUCUACAAUGGGUGAACUUUGUCAAAGAUUAGCGGAGACGGAGAUGUCAAAAGUGUACUUUCUUAGUUUGUUGAUAAAUUGAUCCGACUUUUGUUGACUAUACCGAUUUCUACAGCAAUAACCGAAAGGACUUUUUCCGUAAUGAAAAUUA